UCCAGGAAGGAUUGGUUGCAGCGGGCACAGGCUUCUGGACUGACGAAGAGCGCAGGGCUGAUUGGUGCGGGGGCGGCGAAGCCGGGGGCUGAAGCGCGGCCCGCGGGCUGAGUCGCGGGACCGGAGGGAGGAGGCGGCGGCCGGGCCGAGGUGCGAGGCGGGGCGCGCGAAGACUGACGCCGAGGAGCGGAUGUAAAAGUACAACAGAAAAUGUCUACUGAGCGGACUUCUUGGACAAGCCUGUCCACUAUUCAGAAAGUAGCCCUGGGCCUCGGGAUCCCAGCCAGUGCAGCAGUUGCCUAUAUCCUGUACCGAAGGUAUAGGGAAAGCAGAGAAGAGCGGCUGACAUUUGUUGGGGAGGAUGACAUUGAGAUAGAGAUGCGAGUUCCCCGGGAGGCUGUGAAGCUUAUCAUCGGCCGGCAAGGAGCCAACAUUAAACAGCUGCGGAAACAGACAGGUGCUCGGAUUGAUGUGGACACAGAGGAUGUAGGAGAUGAGCGAGUGCUACUUAUCAGUGGUUUUCCUGUUCAGGUGUGCAAAGCCAAAGCAGCAAUCCAUCAGAUCCUGACAGAGAAUACCCCGGUGUCUGAGCAGUUCUCAGUGCCCCAGAGAUCUGUGGGCAGAAUCAUAGGGAGAGGCGGCGAGACAAUUCGUUCUAUCUGUAAGGCCUCUGGAGCCAAAAUUACCUGUGACAAAGAAUCAGAGGGGACAUUACUACUAUCAAGACUUAUCAAAAUCUCAGGAACACAGAAGGAAGUGGCAGCAGCCAAGCAUUUGAUACUGGAGAAAGUGUCAGAAGAUGAAGAACUUCGGAAGAGAAUCUCCCAUUCUGCAGAAGCCAGAGUCCCACGCAAGCAGCCGAUCAGCGUGAGAAGAGAGGAAACAACAGAGUCAGGUGGCGCUGGGGAGCCUGCUUCGUGGAAAAACGCCAGCUCUGACAGCAGGCAGGCUGCACCCCUAGCAGCUCCUCCCCACAGAGGAGAUGGAGACCCGGCUGUUGUAGGACCCAAAGAAGGUUCCUGGGAGGAACCUAGCAACAGCUUUGAGAAGACUGGAGUGCAGACCAGUCCAGAGAAGCCCAUUUUUGAAAAAGAAUGGAAAGGCCUUGAGCUUUCUCCUGUGUGCAGGGGUGCUGGCGUGGGCAGGGGAGACCAGGGACCCAAGCAGGACCAGGGCCUGUCCAGGAUCCAUGAUGAAUCCGUGGUAGAAUGGGAUCUGGGACAAGCAGAGUUGCUGUCCAUGUGCCUUUUAAUGAUCAUGCUGCAGCUAGCAGAUGGAGGAUUUGCCUUCAUUAUAAUUGUCCCCAGUCCUGACUUCAGUUUCCAUGCUGAUGAGUACCUAGAAGUCUACGUGUCUGCAUCUGAACACCCUAACCACUUCUGGAUCCAAAUCAUUGGCUCCCGCAGCCUGCAGUUGGAUAAGCUUGUCAGUGAGAUGACCCAGCACUAUGAGAAGAGUCUGCCUGAAGACUUGACUGUGCAGGUAGGAGACAUUGUAGCAGCACCCUUAUCUGCAAAUGGUUCCUGGUAUCGAGCUCGGAUCCUUGGCACCUUGGAGAAUGGGAACUUGGACCUCUAUUUUGUUGACUUUGGAGAUAAUGGAGAUUGCCCACUGAGGGACCUCAGGGCCCUCAGGAGUGACUUCCUAAGCCUUCCAUUUCAAGCAAUAGAAUGUAGUCUGGCACGGAUCGCGCCCUCAGGUGAGCAGUGGGAAGAGGAAGCUUUGGAUGAGUUUGACAGACUUACCUACUGUGCUGACUGGAAGCCACUGGUGGCCAAGAUCUCUAGCUAUGUCCAGACUGGGAUCUCAACUUGGCCGAAGGUUUAUUUAUAUGAUACCAGCAGUGGAAAGAAACUGGAUAUUGGGCUGGAAUUAGUUCGAAAAGGAUAUGCAGUUGAGCUUCCUGAAGACACGGAAGAAAACGGAACUGUCCCAGACAUGUUGAAGGACAUGGCCACAGAAACAGACGCUUCUCUUGCUAGUAUGCUCACAGAGCCCAAAAGGAGCCCCGGAGAGAUAACACAUACCCUGUCCUGCCUCAGCUUGUCAGAAGCUGCCUCUGUGUCUGGUGAUGAGAACCUUGAAGAUGACUACAUACUCUGAAGUCUCGGCUUCAGCUGGCUCAGCCACCUGCUUUGCUGAUUUGGCACAGGCUUUGGUUCCUGGAGAGAAGUCGAUAAAGAAAUACAUGCAGUCCUUCCCUUAUUACACACAGUCUGGCUUGCUGUGGACCAAAUCCAUGUUCAUCUUCUGUCGGACUAGAGGGAGUGGACCGAAGGAAGACAAACACAUGUCCUGAUGUCACCCUGGCCCCACCUGUGUCUUCAGUGUUUAAUGCUGUUGUUAUUCCAGCUCCUCAGGCUUGGUCCCCUCCGCCAGUCAUAAUGCAGAUUGCUGCCAGGCCGUGUCCUUUUUGAGGCUGGGAAGUAGCCAGGGUUUGGUCAUUGGGAGCAGUGAUGAUUCUGCAGAUUUGUGACUCACCUCAUCAGGUGACUCUUGUCAAGGGAGGUUUCAGAGUCCCGCACUCAAAGGCUCAAGCUGAGUCACAAGACAAAGGCAGAAAUGAGCACAGAUAUAGUGAGCCUUGAGAUAGGAGGAGAAUGCCACCUUCCAUCUUCAAUUGUGAUAUGUUAUUGGAGACAGGUUUUUGAAACAGUGCUCCAGCUACUUCUUGUGAACUUUAGUUAAAAGGAGCACAGUGGCUCAGAAAAUACUCUAAAUUGCUAGUAUAGUAGCUGUAUGUGUACAAAUACACGGAAAGAGAGCAUACACCACUCAGUUUAAAUCAUUUGAGGGAUUCUUUGCUAAAUAAAGUUCUCAGAAUUACCUAAAAACAAAUGUUCAUUGAAUCAUGUGAAUAAAGCAUCUUCUAAGCCUAAA